AUGGAUGGUGGCAAGCAGUUAAAGGUCAUCCUUGUUUUCAGCCUUCCUCUCAUUUUUCAGCUCUGCAUGGGGAGCAACGUCACCGAUGACUAUGACUCCAACGCUACCAUCGACUACACCCUGUUUGAGAUCCUGUGUGAGAAGGAGGAGGUCCGGAACUUCCGCGCCGCCUUCCUCCCAGCCAUGUACUCCCUCAUCUGCUUCACGGGGCUGCUGGGGAACGGGCUGGUGAUGCUCACCUACAUCUACUUCAAGAGGCUCAAGACCAUGACAGACAUCUAUUUGCUGAACCUGGCUCUGGCAGAUAUCCUCUUCCUGCUUACCCUCCCCUUUUGGGCCACAAGUGCCGCCACGCACUGGCUUUUUGGGGAGUUUGCCUGCAAAGCCGUCUACUGCAUCUGUAAAAUGAGCUUCUUCAGCGGGAUGCUGCUCCUCCUGUCCAUCAGCAUCGACAGGUACUUCGCCAUCGUUCAGGCUGCCUCAGCCCACCGCUUCCGGCCCCGGAUGAUAUUCAUUAGCAAGGUCACAUGUGUCUCCAUUUGGCUCGUGGCCUUCAUCCUCUCCAUCCCUGAGCUGGUUCACAGUGGUUUAAACAACUUGGACAGCCAUCCCCGUUGUUCCAUCAUCGCUAAUGACCUGCCAGCCUUCAAUACUGGCAUCAAAGUGUCCCAGAUGGUUUUUGGCUUUUUAUUUCCCCUGCUGGUCAUGUCUGUCUGCUACCUCAUCAUCAUCAAAACUUUACUCCAGGCUCGCAACUUCGAGAAGAAUAAAGCCAUCAAGGUCAUCAUAGCCGUCGUCAUUGUCUUCGUCGUCUUCCAGCUGCCCUACAACGGCGUCAUGCUGGCCAAGACCAUCUCAGCCUUCAACCACACCACCUCCUGUGAAGAGAGCAAGAAGCUUGACGUGGCAGAUGACGUGACCUACACUCUGGCUUGCUUCCGAUGCUGCCUCAAUCCUUUCCUCUACGCCUUCAUCGGCGUCAAGUUCCGCAACGACCUCUUCAAGCUCCUGAAGGAGCUGGGCUGCCUGAGCCAGGAGCGCCUCUGGCAGCUCUCCACCUGCCGCGAGAGCAAGAGGUUUUCCUUCGCCAUGGAGACAGAGACCACCACCACCUUCUCCCCGUGA